AUGGCGGUGAUUUUAAACAUACUGACAAUGUCGCCAAGGAGGUUAGGGAUGUUAAUUACAAAUACACGUGUAAGGCACCACUCCAGUCUAACAAGUAUGUCUCAAUUUAUUGGUGAACUUGUAAAAUGAGUUAAUGCUAACUAGAAGCUAACACAUGGCUUUCUAUGCAAUCUAGCUAACAGUUGACCUCUAUGGCUGCAAGCUAACUAGCUAGCUUACUUGCUAUAUAUACAGCUAGCCAGUGGCUUGCUUUCUAUUGAUUCAAAGGCAUUUCUGUUUAUAAAUAUCCCACGUUCAAUGAUAAAUGUAAUUUGGGCACAGGCUGGUCAAGUUAGCUUGUUUGUGCUAAUCUCCACAGCUAAGUGUUAGUUAGCUAGCUAGAUACUUAUUCAGUUAGUAUCGAGCUAACGUUAGCGCAUUUCAGGCGCUCUCAUUUGUUCUAUGAACUGUUAGUUUAAGGAAACCCAUAAACAUGAACUGACAUUCACCCUCGUUCUGUCCCUACUAGCUGAACUUAUCAACAACAUGGACAAAAAAGCAACAUGGGACCGGUUCUACACAGAAAACAACAGCAAGGCAACCAACUUCAAAAAUUUUGAGUGGUUCUUCGGUUUCGACGCAAUCCGGGACUUCAUCCUGCCCAUGCUGCAUUCACAGCCCAACUCUGAUGCCCUACAUGUUCUGGACAUGGGCUGUGGUACCUCUGCCCUAGGAUCCUGCAUAUACAGAGACUCUCCCUGGCCAGUGCAGGUGACCUGCGCUGACAUCUCCGCUAUUGCUGUGCGCCUUAUGCAGGAACAAACAGAAGCCAAAGCCGUGCAACCUCAGAACCCUUCCUCUAAGCUGGACUUCUUAGAACUGGACUGCACUCAUCUCCACAAACAAUUUGGUUCUGAGAGCCUGGACCUCAUUCUAGACAAGGGCACCAUAGAUGCCUUGUUAAGGUCGAGGGAAGGGGGAGCCAAGGCCAGCCAGGUGCUUAAGCAGUGCCUAAAGGUGUUGAGGGACUCUGGGUCUCUCCUUCAGUUCUCAGAUGAGGACCCUGAUGCCAGGAUGUUGUGGCUGGAGAAAGAGGGCCGGGAGCCAGGGUUGAUGGCUGCCGAUGUGGGGGUGCAGGAGGUGGGGGAGCUAAGGGGAGUGACUUAUUACUGCUACCAAGUUACCUCUCGUCCUGUAGCACAGUAG